CGCGGAAUUACAAAUCAAGGCUGCCGGCUUUUAUUUAUUUAUUUUACUAGUUUCUACUGAUUUUUACUGCCUGUUACCCCAACAAAUACAUCCACACAAGUUUGAUGUCUUAUCAGAAACAAAUCACUGCUUUCUGUAACCGAAGUACAAAUCGGUGCAACUGGUUGAUCAAUCAGUAUUAAUCUUUUUUUUUUUAACACUAUACCGAUUUACUUUGAAAUAUUUGAAAGUAUAUAUAACCCAUCCAAGUUACAUGAUUCAUAUUGAAAAACAAAACAAAGCUGGAAAAAAACAUUUUUUAUUUAACACUGCACAGUUUUUUUUAUUAUUUAACACUGUACGCCGCCUCGGUCUUGGACUUUUAUUGUGAAAAGGCCGGCGCGGAUGCGUGCGCAGCGUGUUCCGGUAGAUUACCGGCCGUGCUCGGCUCGGCGCUCCAGUCUCUCAGCUGUAACCGGACUGAACGUCAUGUCGGACUCGUGCUCCUUCUCCUCGUUCACCAGGUGCGUCACCAAGCACCUGAACCUGCACCUGCACCUGGACUUCGACAGGCACGUAAUCAAAGGGAGGGUGGCGCUGACCGUGGAGGCGCUGGAGGACCGAUUCUCUACGCUGACUUUGGACAGCAGUGACCUGAGCGUGGUGUCGGUGACGGCCAAUGGGCAGCCAGCGCGCUUCAGCCUGGGCCCCAAACACAGCUUCAAGGGGACCCCAUUGGAGAUCACGCUGCCAUUUGACCUCUCCAGAGGGCAACAUGUGAUCGUGGAGGUGACAUAUGAGACGUCUCCAUCAGCGACAGCGCUGCAGUGGCUCACGCCUGAGCAAACUGCCGGGAAAAAGCACCCCUACCUGUUCAGCCAGUGCCAGGCUCAUCACUGCAGGAGCAUGAUCCCCUGUCAGGACACCCCAUCCAUCAAGCACACCUACUAUGCUCAGGUGUCUGUCCCUAAGGACCUGGUGGCAGUGAUGAGUGCAGUAAGAGAUGGACAGGAAGUCGAUCCUCAGGAUAGUGGUCGGAUCAUCUACAGGUUCAGGCAGACGGUGCCUAUGCCCUCCUACCUGAUAGCCAUCGUGGCUGGAGCUCUGGAAAGCAGGGAGAUCGGGCCAAGGUCCAGAGUCUGGUCGGAGAAAGAGUUUGUGGACAAAGCAGCGUUUGAGUUCUCCGAGACCGAAGCCAUGCUGAAGACAGCUGAGGAACUAGCUGGACCGUAUGUUUGGGGUCAGUAUGACAUCCUGGUUCUCCCUCCAUCUUUCCCCUACGGCGGCAUGGAGAACCCGUGUCUGACCUUUGCCACGCCCACCUUGCUGGCUGGAGACAAAUCUCUGUCUGGUGUGAUUGCCCACGAGAUCGCUCACAGCUGGACUGGAAACCUGGUGACCAACAAGACCUGGGAGCAUUUCUGGCUGAACGAGGGUCACACGGUCUACCUGGAGAGGAUGAUCGGCAGGUGUUUGGAGAGUGAACAGUUCAGGCAGUUCCAAGCCAUCGGAGGCUGGAAGGACCUGCAGGACUCGGUGAACACCUUUGGAGCCAACAACCCUCUGACCAACCUGGUGCUCAGCCUGCAGGACGUCAGUCAUGACGAUGCCUUGUCCUCCGUGCCGUACGAGAAGGGCUUUGCUCUGCUGUAUCACCUGGAGGAGCAGCUGGGAGGGCCAGAGGUGUUCAUGGGCUUUGUGAAGUCGUACAUCCAGCGGUUUGCCUACAGCAGCGUCACCACAGAGGAGUGGAAGAACUACCUGUUUGCCUACUUCAAGGACAAGGUGGACAUCCUGAACAAGGUGGACUGGAACGCCUGGAUGUUCACACCUGGGAUGCCUCCUGUUAAACCUCAAUACGAUACCACUAUGGCUGACACCUGCAACGCUCUCAGUCAGAGGUGGCUCCAGGCUAAAGACCAGGACCUGAACAGCUUCAAGCAGUCCGAUGUGAAGACUCUGUCAUCCCACCAGGUCAUCGAGUUCCUGUCACUACUACUGCAAGAGGAUCCGCUCCCUCUGACUCGCGUGAAGAAGAUGCAGGAGGUUUACGAUCUCAAUGCCUAUAUGAAUGCAGAGAUCCGCUUCAGGUGGCUGAGGCUGUGCGUCAGGUCCAGGUGGGAGGAAGCGGUUCCACUGGCGCUGAAGAUGGCGACCGACCAGGGCAGGAUGAAGUUUACACGACCACUCUUCAGGGAGGUGUUUAACUUUGAGAAGUUUCGUGAUGAAGCUCUUCGAGUGUUUCUGGCUCAUCGAGCGGGGAUGCACCCGGUCACCUCCGGACUCGUCUCGAAGGACCUGAAGGUGGACGUCAGCAAUGCCGCCAGUCAGUAACAACAGAAA